UACCAUCAGUUCCUAGGAGAAAGCAGUGAUAUCGAAUAAAAAGAUAGUGGUGUGGCGGUAAUCCCCGCUUCUAUCACGGUAAGAAGAGGAUGGGGGCCGACGGUGAUUUCAUGUCACACAACGAGGCUAUUCUCUAAGAGCAGUCGCAGCAUGCCCCAGAUGUACUUGAUGUUUGCGGCCACAUUUCUGAAGAUCAACAUACCAUCCAUGUAAAGACCUGGAAACCGAAGGGGCCCCAAGCUCGUGGAGGAACAACGCUCGGCAGUGGGAACCGAAAUAGCGAGUCGCCGCCGGUACAGCAUCCGUCUUCUGCUCCCUCCCACGUCGUUCGUCAUGGCAGUUUUUGGAGUCCAGCUUGUUGUGACGAUGGUCAUGGCCAGUGUCUUGUCAAGAAUAACUCCUCAUUAUUCCUUGGCACGAUUUCUCUUGUGUCGAACUGGUUUAAUGUAUUAUUUACACCCAACGGAUGAAGAGCUGAGAAGCCUAGCAGGAAUACCCAAAGACAAAGGAAAGAAGGGAAAAGGAGGAGGCAAAGGUAAUGCAAAGUCAAAUAGUAGCUCAGGAAACUCAGAGGAUGAUGGGUCCUUCACAGUACCUCGCAGCCUUGAUUUGAAUCUGGAAAAGUCCCGCAUGGUUCCAGGGGAAGUGAUGCAGCUGAAGUUCUACACUGAAUAUCAAUGGCUUCUUGACUUCUCUCUGUGUGCUGCCCUGGUAUAUGUGGCCACUGAGAUAUUUCUUGCUACUACUCCACCAAAAGGGGAAGUGAACUUGAGUAUGUUGUGGUGUCUUCUUGCUGUUGGAUUUUCACUAAAGAUUAUGUUCACUCUUUCAAUGUUAUAUUUCCGGGGUGAGGAUUCUGGAGGAGAAAAGGCAAUGGUGGUGCUCUCCUUCUUCACAUACCUACUUAUUGCACUAGGGAUGCUCAUUCUUGAUGAAAACAAGCUAGAACUGGGGUUGGACAUGGCCUAUUCUUCAUUCAACUCCAGUGCUGCAGCUUUCUUAAAGGCCCAAGGAUUACCUUCAGAUGGUCCAGCAUCCAAGGUCACCUUCAAGAUUAUUUUGGCCAUGCUAUGUGCUUUGAUUGGUGCCUUCUUCACCUUCCCAGGACUCAGACUUGGAAAAAUGCACUGGGAUUCUCUGAGGUACUGCAACGAAAACAAGGUUCUACGUGGUCUGUUUCAUGCAAGCUUCAUUGCACCCUUGUUCUUGGUGAUGAUGUGGAUAAGACCAUUGACUCGUAGAUAUUUCACAGAAUAUACUUGGCCUGGCUACAGUCAUCCAAUAAUGAGCUCAGACACUUUUGAUAUCUUACGCAUCGUGUUGGUGGUUGUGGUGGCUGUGGUGCGAUUGAGCAUGAUGCCCUAUUAUCUUCAGUCUUACCUCAACAUUGCUUAUGAAAAAAUAGAGGCCCAAAAGAAAGAGUCUGGACGUAUCACUAACAAAGAGUUGCAGAAAAAAGUUGCACGGGUGUUUUACUACCUGUGCGUUGUUACCUUGCAAUAUGUAGCCCCAAUAGUCCUCUGCUUCUUUGUCUCCCUUAUGUUUAAGACUCUUGGUGGACUUAGAUGGGAAGCAUUGCUUGGUAAAGCAGUUGCUGCAGAGAAGUGUGGCCUCGAGUCUGAAGUAGAAGGAGAAGAGAUAGCUGCCAUACCAACUCUCCAAGAUGCCCAGUCAGUAAUGGAAGCAACCAAAAUCCUUUCACUGGGAAUGGAAGAACUCAAAAAGGUGUUCACCACAGAAUUUUAUCGUGGUGUGUUGGGCUUCACUACCUGGUGGUGUGUGUUCUCUUGGUUCCUCUCUGGCACCUUUGGAGUGGCCUACCAGUCCUAUUUUACUCAGUCAUAAAUGGCUUUCAGGAAUGUCAUAUUUCAUGCAUGUAUAUCAAGUUACUCAUGUGAAACAGGUAUUAGCAGAAAGAGAGAGGUAAUAAUCUAAUAUAUCUUCACAUUUAGAAACCAGACUGUCAUCCCCAAUAAUACAGUGUAAUAUUGUCAUUUUUUUUUUGCAGUGUAAUCAUUGUCAUAUUUGUUAGAUCAUUCAUCCAGUUUCUAUGAAAGUUCAUAAAUACUAGCAAAUAAUGUGAAUUAUUUUGUAUAUGGUCCAUUUGUUUAGAAAAUAGUAGAAAGGAGAAUUCAUGGAGAUAGCAUUGAUAUCAUAGAAGUCUGGGAUCUCCUCUAUACAGUCUUUGUGAUAUCUCCAUUCUGAUUUCAAUGUAUUUUACACAUGCACACACAUGCACACUGCACACAUGCACGCACGCACGCACCAACGCACACACCAACGCACGCACGCACGCACCCACACACCCACACACCCAACCAACACACACACACACAC